AUGCACGAUCUUAAUGAUCUGCCUGAUUUGAACGCUCUUCCGUCGAAUCUGACACAAAGAAACAAACGAAUGUUCAACAACGUUCUCAUGAGCGAUGUAAACUUCAUCGUCAAAGACAGUGAAACUGGGAAAAAGGUAGCCAUUCCUGCUCACAAGUAUGUACUUUCGAUCGGGAGCCCUGUUUUCUACAAAAUGUUUUACGGGGAUCUGGCAGAGGCGAGCAAUUCCGUGGAAGUUGUAGACGCGGACUCCAACAGUCUCCUUGAACUUCUACGGUUUUUGUAUUCCGACGAAACCAAUUUAACAGCCGGCUGCGUUCUUCAAGUGAUGUACCUAGCUGAAAAGUAUAUGGUGACUGGAUUACUAGACGAGUGCUCCGAGUUUCUGAAGAACGAAAUUGACGCCGAAAACGCGUUUGAGGUUUUAACUCAGUGCGAACAUUUCCGUGACACCGAGGAACUUGAGGAAAGAUGCUGGAGCAUCGUGGAUCUACAAACCAGGAAAUGUCUUCGCUCCCAAAGCUUUCUUGCCACAUCUGAAAGGAUUUUAGAUGUUCUUUUGAGACGUGAGACGUUAGACAUUUAUGAAGAUGAAUUAUUCCGUGCAGUGUUGUUCUGGGCAGAAGCCAAGUGUAGACUGCGGUCAAUUGACCCGACAGCUCAAAACGUAAAAAAGGCGAUUGGAGGUGCAAUGUCACAUAUUCGUUUUUCUUGCAUAGCCGACAAAGAAAUACUUAAUCGGGCGCUGGAAUCUGGAAUACUUGACAACGAUGCCUGCCAGGCCUCAAGAGGGCAUACAACUCCAAGGUCCAAGAGAUUUGCUCUAGAGAAAUUUAAUCACGACUUUCCCCUACGCACCAUCGUGGAUGAUAGCAACCUUUGCGUCAGGCAGCGCCAAGGAAUAAAACCUCUCCGCUGUCGCCGCUUGUUCAUGAAUGAACCACCUCGACUCUUUGCUCCGUACGAGAGCAAGCACAGUGUCAGCUUCAUAACAGAUCAGCCCGUCUGUAUGUAUGGAGUAAGGGUCAUUUCAAGCGGGCGCAAGUUAAACGACAAUUACGCGGUUAUUACAAAGCUAUUGAAUAGCAAUCGCUCUUGUAAUAGCUGUGUGAAAGGAACCUACAUUGUCGAAUACGGAGGAACCGAGGGAUUGCCAGGAUUUGAUGUAUACUUCGAAGAACCCGUUCUCAUUAAGAAAGGUGCGAAAUAUUUUAUCACCAUCUUCUCCCCUACCGAGCUCGACUUACCUCAGCGGAUCGGAAAGAAAGAUGAGGUACAUUGUGCAGGAGUUAACUUUUACUUUCCUGAUUCUACACACAGACAGUUUCCCGAGCUGAUCUUCCAUCCACUAGCGCCUUUGUGGCGGACGAAUUACACUGAAUUUAAACCAACGUAG